CCUCCUCCCCCCGCCGCGCCUCCGCCUCCUGCCCCCUGCAGCGGGGUUACCUGUCACGGGGAGCCCGCUAAAUUUUACGGAUACGAUAACUUACAGAGACAGCAGAUUUUUACGACACAGCAAGAGGCCGAGCUGGUACAAUAUCCUGACUGUAAAUCGUCCAGUGCUAAUAUUGGCGAGGAACCAGACCACUUAAAUCAGAGCUCGUCUCCUGCUCAAAUGUUUCCCUGGAUGAGACCACAAGCAGCGCCGGGUAGGAGGAGAGGAAGACAAACAUACAGCCGAUUCCAGACUCUAGAGCUGGAAAAGGAGUUCCUAUUUAACCCCUAUCUGACCAGGAAGAGAAGGAUCGAGGUGUCCCACGCACUAGGACUCACCGAGAGGCAGGUAAAGAUCUGGUUUCAGAACAGGAGGAUGAAAUGGAAAAAAGAGAACAACAAGGACAAAUUCCCCGCUUCCAGACAGGAGGGAAAGGAAGGGGAGGCCAAAAAGGAAGCACAUGAUCUGGAAGAAGACAGAGCUGAAGGCCAGACGAAUUAAUUUUUUCCCCAAAUGUCUUUGUGCAAGUCAAUCAAAUGACCAGGGCUAAAGCCCGACAUCUCGGCUCAUCCACCCCUCUACGUGAUCUGGUCGUGGGACGAGUAACCCCAUGUCCCUUCGGUUGACGUUUCCCUGCUUCGGGUGCUUCACUUGUUUGUGCUUUUAUUUUGUUUAUAAGCGUAUCCAAAACGAUCUCUAGAUCUAACAUUUCAUCAUUAUUUUUUUUCAAAUUUGAUACAGAGUUUGUAGCAAUAAAUUUCUAAUUAUAUAUAAAUAUAUAUAUAUAUAUUUGCAACCUUAAAAGGCGAUGAUUGUGGGAAACGACAUAUACUUCCUAAUAAUAAAGAUCAAUAAGUAAGACAUUUAACAACGCUUUAUUAAUCAAGACAAGUGCACUUGUACUAUUUUAAUUCUUGUUCUUAUCUUCUGUGGAAUAAAUUAAAUAAAUUUAACAAUCUUGAAGAAAAUAUCAUAGGAAUAUAUUUAACCUUCUUCUAUAAUAUUUGAUUAAAAUAAACAGAAU